CGCGCCUAGGCCAUUCGAAUAAUGACAUCAUCAAGGCGCGCCGGCGUCCUUUAAUGUUUGCGUGCGGGGAAUAAUGGCGAUGUGCACAAUAUUACGACGUGCUUCUGUUAGUUUGACCUCCUCUCUGCCUCGACUGUCAAACAGAAACGCUCGGACUCCAGCUAGACUGCUCGCGAGGACAUGCUAUAAAAGAGCCCUGAGCACCACCACUCGAUUUUGCGCAGCACUGAACUUCACAGACAAACACGAGUGGGUUCGCGUGGACAGUGGUGUGGCAACAGUGGGCAUCAGUAAUUUUGCACAGGAGGCACUGGGGGACGUGGUCUACUGUGGGCUUCCUGAAGUUGGCACAAAGUUGGCACAGUCUGAUGAAUUUGGUGCUCUGGAGAGUGUUAAAGCAGCGAGUGAGUUGUACUCUCCUCUGACGGGGGAGGUGACAGAUGUCAAUGACGCCUUGGCGGACAACCCAGGACUUGUCAACAAAUCUUGCUAUAAAGAUGGCUGGCUGAUAAAGAUGACUGUAUCUAUUCCUGAGGAAUUGGAUGGACUGAUGGAUGAAGCUGCUUAUGAGAGAUACAUCAAAUCUAUAGAGGACUAGAGCGUGCUGCUGGCAUGUUGCAUAUGGGGGAGAAU